AACGCUGUGGCAAAAAGUAUUGUUAUCAACACUGGCAAAACAACAAAGACAAACAGAGUCGAUUUUUAAACCGUUGAGCAAUCAAAAAACAAAGACUAGACCACGGACGACACGGAGUGCCAGCGGAAGAGGCAAACGGGCUAACCGAGAGUGAAAUAAUGCACAGAUCGCGGUCGGUGCUAACAACAAUGUGGAGAAGUAUCGAAGCGUAAAAAUCGAAGGCGGCCGCCAGCCAUCAUCACCCCACGACGGAGCACCCAACAACAAAAACAGAAACAGCAGCAGGAGCAACAAACAACAACAUAUACAGCGACCACAGAAAUACACACAAAAGAGAAAUCAUAAUAAAAGACAGCUGACUAAUUGCUCUGGACCCUGCCACCAAGAGUUGACGAAUGCGGAGGAGUCCCCGAAGGUGCCGGCGGAGCUGAGGAGCUGAGCAACAGGAUUAGCGGUGGAUUAGCGGAACCACAACAGCAAUACACAGAACAAACUGAAAUAGCCAAACAAAACACCGCCCCAGCCUUAGAUAACUGACAACGAGAGGAGUGUAUCCCCAAUCAAGUUAACCAUCUUCAGUCUUUGCCGCAAAAUCUAUCUACAAGCUACAGAAUGUCCUCGCCCAGUGCUGGAAAGCGUCGCAUGGACAACGACGUGAUCAAGCUGAUCGAGUCGAAGCACGAGGUAACGAUCCUCGGCGGCCUGAACGAGUUCCAUGUGAAGUUCUUCGGCCCCACAGAGACGCCGUACGAGGGCGGUGUAUGGAAGGUGCGAGUCUACCUGCCCGACAACUACCCGUUCAAGUCACCGAGCAUCGGGUUCGUGAACAAGAUCUACCAUCCGAACAUUGACGAGUCCUCCGGCACCGUCUGCCUCGAUGUGAUCAAUCAGGCCUGGACGGCGCUGUACGAUCUCUCCAACAUAUUUGAGUCGUUCUUGCCGCAGCUGCUCACCUACCCGAAUCCGGUGGAUCCGCUCAAUCGGGACGCGGCCGCACUGUACCUGCACGAGCCGGAGGAGUACCAUCGCAAGGUUGCCGACUAUGUGCAGCGAUAUGCCACCGAGGAUGCGCUGCGGGCGGCGCAGCAGGAGCGCGAGAGCAGCGACAGCGAGUCCAGCAUGUCGGACUAUAGCGAGGACGAGGCCAGGGACAUGGAGUUAUAAUAUCGGUUGGAUCCCACGACGACGAAGCUACCGCUAAAGCUAACGCUGACAACAGCCUAAGAAUGUGCGACAACAACAACUGCAGCAGAGCAAGCAACAAUAUAUAUACAUACAAACACACACACACACAUGCAUAUAUAUAUAUAUAUUGAUUUAUAUAUAUAUAUGUGGUAAUUGGAUUUUAAGAUAUAAAGUGAUUGGAUGGUGGCGUGGGGAUCUGCGCACCCACGCACAUACAUAUAAAUAUAUACAUGGCAUAUAUAUAUACACAUAUAUAUAUAUGUGUUUACUAAUUUAAGAAAAAAACAAGAUUUGAAAACUCUUAGUUUAGCCAUCAGUAGCUGAUAACGGAAAGGAAGGAUAACAAGAGCUCUCGAGAGAAAGAGUGAGCUGGAGAGAUGAGGAGGAGGAGGAUCGGUGAAGACCCGAGAGGAGAACAAAAUGGAAACAAAAUACAGAAUAGAAUACAGAGUAAAAGUAACAUUAACGUUAAAGGAAACGGAAACGGAAACAGAAACAGCAUGAGAAACAGAAACAAAAACAAAAACAAAAACAGAGAGUUAAAAUAGAUGCAAAUGCAAUUAAUUAUAUAUAGAAUGGUUCUAAAAAACAAACAAACAAGUAACAUAAAGAGUGCACAAGCACAUGCAAUAUAUGACGUGCGAUCGUAUAACAAAAUCGUAUUGCUUUUGGCCUUGAUCUGGCAUUAAACAGACGUCGAUGCCCGUUCUUUAGAGUUUAAAUACCAAAAAAUCGAAAAAGUUAAAAAUGUAUCUUUACCAGACACACUCACAGACACACACACACACACAGCCACACACAGAACACCACAACAAGUACCACCAUAACAAAAAGAAACCCAGUUUUUAUCGAGAAAUGAAACAAGCAGAGAUCAUCGAGUUUUCUAUUUUGUUCUCCCCGAAAAACUUGAUAAGAGAAUCCAAUUUAUUUCGCAUCUGAGAAAGUUAUAAAUUUAGAGAGUCUAACUGCAAUAUAGAAGAGCACCCAUCCGACGAUCGAAACUAAAUAGAACUAAUAUUUAAAGUGAAGAGUUAAAAGUAAAAAAAAAAAAGAAAAAACCAAGACAAAUCCUAGAGGAAGCAUUCGAGGAGGAAACGACGGAGACGGAGAUGGAGAUGGAGAUGGAGACCGAGAUGAAAUACAGAUUAAAUGUUGCAGUUCUUUUUCUUGUUAAUUAAUAUUAUUGUACGGUUAUUAUGUAAUGUUUUAAAAUAGGAUUCGAAUUGAUCAUGUAAUUAAAUGCAAUAAUUCUUAUGUCUAACUUAUGCCACCCGUGUUUAAACCAAGUCCGAUUAUGUUUUUUUGUUUGAGUUUAUAAUUAAUAUUACUUUUAUUAUAAAUUAUGAAUUACAAUACAUUUUUUUGAUUUCCA